UCCCGGCCCGCGCUGGACCCGAGGGCGGACCGGCCGCUGCGCAGGCGACGCCAGCCCGGCGCCUGCGAGGGACGCGCGCCCCCGGGCCCCCGCUGCGGACACCAUGGGCGCUGCCCACUCCGCGUCCGAGGAGGUGCGGGAGCUCGUGGGCAAGACCGGCUUCUCAUCAGACCAGAUCGAGCAGCUCCACCGGAGGUUUAAGCAGCUGAGUGGAGACCAGCCCACCAUUCGCAAGGAGAACUUCAACAACGUCCCUGAUCUGGAGCUCAACCCGAUCCGAUCCAAAAUCGUCCGUGCCUUCUUCGACAACAGGAACCUGCGCAAGGGGCCCAGCGGCCUGGCCGACGAGAUCAACUUCGAGGACUUUCUGACCAUCAUGUCCUACUUCCGGCCCAUCGACAUUGCCAUGGAUGAGGAGCAGGUGCAGCUGUGCCGGAAAGAGAAGCUGAGAUUUCUCUUCCACAUGUAUGACUCGGACAGCGACGGCCGCAUCACCCUGGAAGAAUAUCGAAAUGUGGUCGAGGAACUGCUCUCAGGAAACCCCCACAUCGAGAAGGAGUCCGCUCGCUCCAUCGCUGACGGGGCCAUGAUGGAGGCCGCCAGCGUCUGCGUGGGGCAGAUGGAGCCUGACCAGGUAUACGAGGGGAUCACCUUUGACGACUUCCUGAAGAUCUGGCAGGGGAUUGACAUCGAGACCAAGAUGCACGUCCGCUUCCUUAAUGUGGAAACCAUGGCCCUUUGCCACUGAUGGCCGCCGCCCCCACAGAGACACUGCACUCCGCACGGGUGGCCUCCCUGCGGGGCCUGGAGCGGCGAGGCUCCUCGCGGGGUCCUUUUGCUCUUGUAAAUAGUCAACACUCCUCUGCCCGUCUCGUUUUCCCUGUAGGGUAUGGUAUGGGGGACUUGGGCUGUUUUUAUCGCUAAUAAAAAGGGUUUGUUAAUGAA